UACUGAAAAUUGAAGAAACAUUGAGGAGAAAUCUGUAGUUUUCGAUUUUCGAAACGAAGCGUAGCUGGUCAAACUCCAGCUCCUUCUAUUCACCCUCUCAGCCGUUGCUCGCUCUUCCAGCUUCGGCUCCAUUUCCACAAAACCUCUGCGGAAAUCUCAAUCCGAAAUUUUGAAAAAGGGAAAAAAAAAAAAAAGAAAAAGAAAAUGAAUCUCUUGCGAAACGCAAUCAAAUCGCACGUUUCGGUUCGAACGAUCAGGCCAAUGCAAGCCUUACCAUCAUUCCUAGGAGCGUCGCCGAAACGUUUCUCCACCGGGACGGAUGAACCUCAACCGCCACAACCCGACGCCUCCGUCAAUCAAUUUAUGGAAUCUGCAAGCAAAGGAUUCGUUUUUGCGAAACUCCAUGGAAUCACAAAGCAUACAAUGAAGAGCGAUAUAAUGAGCUUGCUUGAAGGGUGUAAUCUAACGGCUGAUGAUAUUAAAGUUCACUACAGCCGCAGCUUUUUUCCUCUUGGAAUGAUGUUGCGGUUUUCAUCACCUGCUGCAUUUAGUAACGCAGCAAGGACCAUUCGGAGGUUUGAUCGGCUUUACAGGUUGGAGAAGGUUGAAGCUUCUGAUUGGGAUAUUGUUCGACCAUAUAAUGGCAAAACUGUGUUACUGCUAGGAAUCCCUCGAAAUGCACUUGUUGAGGAUGUAGAGCGCUUUCUUUCUGGUUGUGACUACGAUCCGUCCUCCAUCCAGAUGGUCACAGUUCCAAAACCAGGAACCCCAGUCCCCUUCAGAUUUACAACUGUGCGGUUCCCGUCGCAAAUCCAAGCAAUGAAUGCAUGCAUUAGCAAAAACAGAAAUGUCUGUCUCAAUAAUCAACUCUCAGUACGAGUUCUCCACUAAAUGUUCAGUCUGUUUUUCUCAUCAAAAAAAAAAAAAAAAAGAAGAAAGAGUUCAUUCUGUUUGGGGUAUCGCAUUAAGAUUGACCAUUAUGGUAGGCUUCGUGUCACAAAUUGAACUAUGUGAAUCUUUUGCCUGUUUGAUACUUAUGAGACUUGGAGCUAUAUAUUUAAGUGGAUAAGUGCUCCUGUAAUUCUUGCAGUGCUAGACUUGAUAAGUUGAUUACUGAAAUCAUAUUGGUAGGAAGUAAUGAAAGAUUGCAGCUUAACUCUUUUUG